AUGUACACUUUAACUUAUCAUAAAGCGAGUUGCCGGCCAGUGAUACUGAAUCGUCUUGUUCCAACCUGUCAAUCGAAGAAACUUUUGCUGGUCGCAGCUUGUCGCGGCGAUGUGAACAAGUUCAGCAUCGAUGAAUGUCCUCUGAAAGGCGCACUAGGGACGGGCAAAAAUACGGUCGCUCAGCGCUCAAUGCUCAUGCAAUCUGCGACAUCCACCCCGAUGAAGCUCGACAUUCGGGCGAAUGACUUUGCCGAUGCUGAAACCCUUGCGAUCGAGUGGAAUGUGGUGGUCAUACACCGCGGGGAUAAAUGCAUCAAAGUGAUGAUCCAAGCACUUGAGUCGCCUGGAUGUAUCUGUCUGCGACUAUUGGUGUUGACGGACAAGCAGCAGACACUACUCAGGCGGUUCUCGACUGUGCUGAUGGGUCCUAAUAAGAGAGGACAUCCAAAAGCGUGGUACGAGCCUUGGCUGAGCUCUGGGAGGGCACUAGGUCUCAUUCCAGACUAUUAA